AUGCCUUCUCUCAUUAUUCCUGUCUUUGUUCAUUUGUUUGCCUUUGAAGUAAAACAUGAUCCAGGGAUUCAUGGAGAGUACAAUCCUUCUUUUCAGUUUUAUAUUGGCAAGAAGAAGACCGACAAUGAGACCACAAUAUCAGGGGCAUUCAGAAGAUGGCUUCAUCCUUUCCUUCGAACCGCUCAGUUUUAUAAUAAUUCCAUCGAUGGGGUAUAUUUGGAUGAGACUGGAGAGCUGGUAGCUGAUCUUGGCAUUAUGAACACAGUGGUUUUCUCCAAUCUUUCUUUUAUCAAAGGGACACUUGGGAGCCUGGAAAGAGUGGGAUCCUUGGAUUUCAAGUUCAUGAUGAACCAGAAUGCUAUUGCAAAGAUGGAAAUGAUGACCAAGGACAUUUUGGCGAGUCUCACAGGCAAAUGCAUCCUGACUCCAAUGAGGGAGGAGGUGCACCCACUGAAAAAUUAUAAGCCAGGAGAGUUUCUCAUUGGUGGCAUUGUCUCUGCAACGAGGAUGCGAUUGCUACCAUUAAGCUUCAACAAACCUCCUUUGACUCAAUUUGUUGAGAAAGGAUCAUCAGAGUGGUGGAAAAUGCUAUCCUUCCUUUUCGCAAUCCAAGCUAUCAACAAGGACCCCAACAUUUUGCUCAAUGUCACCCUGGGAUACAACAUCUAUGACAAUUAUUUCAGAGCAGAAAUGACCUCGGAGGCUUUGCUGGACCUGCUUUCAGAGGGGGAGGCCAACGUUCCCAACUACAGCUGUGGAAGGCAGAGAAACAUUGUGGCUGUUCUGGAAGGGGCUGACACUGACAUCUCCAUCCAGAUUUCGACCAUGUUGGGACCCUACAAAAUCCCACAGAUCAGUCACAGUUUUGAUUCCCAGGUUCUGAGUGAUGAAAAUCCUUUCUUCUACCCAAUGCUCCCUGGUGAAAAAGUCCUGUACCCAGGGAUAGUGAAGCUGCUCCUCCAUUUCAGGUGGACCUUGGUGGGUCUCUUUACUACAGACACUGAGAAUGGAGAAACGUUCAUGAGGAUGUUGACUUCCAUGCUGGUCAGGAAUGGCAUCUGUCCAGUUUUAUCACAAACCUUUUCUCCAGUUUCUUGGAAUGCGGAAAUAGACUGGGAUUUAUACCUCAGUUGGAGAAAGAUGAAGGUCUUUAUUUAUGGUGCAGAUUUCUCUACAUUCAAUUCAGGUGUUAAACUUUUGCAUCAUAUAUUUGAAGAUCUUGCUGAGCCUCCUAGAGGAAAACUUCUGAUCACCACGAUCCGCUGGGACUUCACUAUUUAUUUAUCAAAAGACACAAUUCUUGUUCAAUACAUCCAUAGCAUAUUUUCCUUUCCUGUGAAGAAAAAUCAAAUGGCAAAGUAUGGCGGGUUUUCCAAGUUUUAUUCUUUUAUGAGACACUUUGUAGAGAUCUCCUUCCUGUGGUCCUACUCCAAUGAUGACUUUUCAGUGAAAGUCUGGAGACAGUGCAGGCAGAGAGAAGAACUGGAGGCCCGGAGGAAAGAGGAGAUGGAUCCCAUCCUGACUCUGGACAACUAUUUCAUUUACAACACAAUCUGGGCUGUGGCACGGGCCUUAAAUGCAGCUUAUUUAUCCAGAUCCAGUAGGAUAUCUAAAGGUGAUGCAGAGAAAUGUACUAAAUGCCCAGAAGAUCAACAUCCAAAUACCAAGAGAGUUCACUGUAUUCCCAAGAUUAAAAGUUAUCUUUCUUAUCAGGAAAAUCUGGGGAUUAUCCUGACUUCCAUUGUCUUGUUCCUCUCUUUAACCACAGGCUUUGGCUUGGGGAUCUUUAUUAAAUUCAUGGAAACUCCCAUUGUCAAAGCCAACAACCGGGACCUCUCCUACAUCCUCCUGGUCUCCCUCCUGCUUUCCAUCUUGACCUCCUUCCUGUUCAUUGGCCGGCCAAGGAGGGUGACCUGCUUCAUCCGACAAACAACCUUCAGCAUUGUCUUCUCCAUUGCCAUUUCUUCCAUCUUGGCCAAAACGAUAACAGUUGUGUUAGCCUUCUUGGCCACCAAACCAGGCAAUAAAGUGCAGAGAUGGUUGGGGAAGACCUUGGCCAACUCCAUCGUUCUUUCUUGUUCUGGUCUCCAAGUUGUCAUCUGCAUCAUCUGGUUGGGCACUUUCCCCCCAUUCCCUGACUCUGACAUGAACUCCCAACCUAGAGAGAUCAUCCUACAAUGCAAUGAAGGUUCUGUCACCAUGUUUUAUGUUGCCCUUGGGUACAUGGGCUUCCUGUCUGCUGUCUGCUUCACGGUGGCUUUCCUGGCCAGGAAUCUCCCUGGGGCCUUCAACGAAGCCAAGCUGAUCUCCUUCAGCAUGCUGGUCUUCUGCAGUGUCUGGGUGUCCUUUGUGCCUGCCUACCUGAGCACCAAGGGGAAGUACACGGUGGCUGUUCAGCUUCAUUCCUUCCUUCAAAGCUCUCAGUUUUACAAUAAUUGCAUUGAUGGGGUAUAUUUGGAUGAGAAUGGAGAGCUGAUAGCAGAGCUGGACAUUGUGAACUGGGUCUUUUUCUCCAAUAGGUCUGUUAACAAAGUGAUAUUUGGAAGCCUAGAAAGACAAGGAUCCUUGGAUUUCCAGUUAGUUCUCAACCAGAAAGCUAUUGCAAAGACGAAAGUGCUGAACAAGCUUCACGCCUUCCUUCAAAACUCUCAGUUUUACAAUAAUUGCAUUGAUGGGGUAUAUUUGGAUAAGAAUGGAGAGCUGACAGCAGAGCUGGAUCUUGUGAACUGGGUGAUUUUCUCCAAUAGGUCUGUUAGCAAAGUGACAUUUGGAUGUCUAGAAAGACAAGGAUCCUUGGAUUUCAGCUUGAUGAUCAACCAGAAGUCUAUUGCAGAGGUGGAAACAUUGAACAAGAACACAACUUUCAUGCUUCAAAUUAAGAUUUCCCUUGUUGUUCUGAACAGGGAGCGAUUUCAGAUUCCAGAAUAUAAUGAUUGA